AUGUUAAAAAAAUUAAAAAAUAAUCUAAAUUAUAAUAUUGAUUUAGCAACAAUAGAUAGUUUAAUCGACAAUAAUAUAAUAGAUAAUUUAAUAAACUCAGAUCCUCAUAGUUUUUCAAGUUUCACAGAUGAUUAUAUAGAUUACCACGAUGUAAUUAUCGAUUUGGAUUUUGGAGAUUCAAUCAUAACAACAUCAAAUUUAAUAAUAACCAACAGUAGCAGUGGUAAUGGUAGAAUUGAUAGUUUAGGAAGCAAUAGUAUACACAGUCAUAACCAUUCUAAUAGUGGAGUAUGUUCAAGCAGUAGUAGUGAAUCAUUGGAUUGGAAGUGUUCCUCAGUUUUUGUUACAUAUAAUAUCAAGACAACUACAGGGGAGUGUUCAAAAGAUGUAUUAUCGCAGGUUCAAAAAAGAAUUAGUACGUUUAAAGGGUCAAUGAAGAUAGAACAGUUGGAUUUAUCAUUAAAAGAGUUUAAUUUUAAUACAGACACUGAUUUUAUCUCAACUGUACUAUCUAAAGAAAUUCAAUAUAAAAUAAUGUCUUAUUUAUCAAUUUAUGAUAUAUUGUCCAUGUUUCAGGUCAACAAGUAUUGGUAUGAAUUAAGUUUAAAUAAUAAUUUUUGGAAAAGUUUAUUAAAAAAAGAUUUGGAAAAGUGGAGUAAUAGGGAGGCAAUUAAAUUAUCAAUAAAGAAUUUAGAGUCUAGAUCUCUUCAACACGAUAUUUCAUGGAAGAAAUACUAUGCUAAUAUACAAAGAUUAAGAUUAUGCAAAAAGUGCGGAAUUGUAUAUAGAGAAUCUUCAAAUUGUUUAACUUCCUGUUGUUAUCAUGCAGAUAUAAGAGAUAUUGUACAUAGUCGUGGUGUCCCAUCUGGUGUUUAUUGGAUUUGUUGUUUAAGUAAGCCUAAGCAAGCUCCUGGUUGUACUAUGAGCUGUCAUGAAGAGGAAAAUCAAAUUGACUAUCCAUCUCCAUUGUUAAUUAGGCAAUAAUCAAUUGGAAAAAUUUAUUGUAUAAAAGGAUCAAUUUAAUCAAAUAUUUUAAUCAAAUAGUUAUAUGUAUAUAUUUAUAUAAGAGUUUUUUUUUUUUUUCAAUUAAUGUAUAUAAAAAGUUUGGAAGAAAAAAGAAAAAGAAGUUUAAAUAAAAAAUAAAAUCAUUAUUUUUU